CGUGAGCUGAGUCUUUGUGUGACCACUGUCUUUCGUUCAAGGUUGCUCAAUAUUCACACAUUGUCUAAGUACUUCCACGAUCAGUCCUAAUGCUAUUCUUAUUUUAAACCAAUCCUUUUUCACAGGCACUAUUCCUACUUGAUGGAAACGUGCUACAUUCCUACUGCUACACAAAACUGAUAAAGUGUCAGACUUUAAUAUCCACCGUCCUACAACCAAACCUGCGGAGGCGCUAGCGCACCAUGGAAUUAUUCAUCAGCGGCCAUGAGAAUCCACAGAGGAAGAAGACGCCUGCCUCUGUCUUCUACCAGGUCCUCAGUCAGGCUAUGAUAAGCUGUGGUUCCGCGUAGCAGUGCAUUGACUAGAUCUCAUUUUACUGAAGAAAGAUGUCUGGACGAGGAAAGGGAGGAAAGGGGCUCGGUAAAGGAGGCGCAAAGCGUCACCUCAAAGUUCUCCGUGAUAACAUCCAGGGAAUUACCAAGCCCGCCAUCCGCCGCCUGGCUCGCCGUGGCGGAGUGAAGCGUAUCUCAGGUCUGAUCUACGAGGAGACCCGCGGCGUGUUGAAGGUUUUCCUGGAGAACGUGAUCCGCGAUGCUGUCACCUACACCGAGCACGCCAAGAGGAAGACCGUCACCGCCAUGGACGUGGUGUAUGCUCUGAAGAGACAGGGCCGCACUCUGUACGGCUUCGGCGGAUAA